AUGAAGAUUUAUACUAACGAGAAUAACACGGCUACAUUGAAGCUGCUCAUAGCGGCGAAGUUAGCUGGGAAAGAUGUUGAAUUGCUGAAAGGAAGUUACGAAGAAUCUCUAGGACCAGCUGUAUUACCUCGUCUGGAAGUCCAUGAGGAGCUCAGUUUCUUUAGCAGUAAUGCAGCAGUUCAAUAUCUAUUCCCUGUUCUAGAUCUCACACAGAACGGACAAUGUCUACAGAUGUUAGAAUGGGAAGCGACUCGUCUCUAUCCUGUCGUGUCAACUAUACUUACCUCUAAGAGUGUUUCAUCCGAGUUGAAGGAAGCUUUGAACACUUUAUUAUUGACGGUCAACAAUCUACUGGCUAAACAUCAGUAUAUACUUGGGGACAAACUGAGUGCUGUAGACAUAUCAAUAGUCAGCACAUUAUAUCCAUUGUGCUACACGGAUCUCAAGGAAACUUAUCUUAAAGAGUUCAGUAACGUUCUACGAUGGUCGGGAGAUAUCGGGAACUCUAAAGCCGUUCAGGAAGCUAUAAAACAGUGGGGUGGAUCCCCGAACAGCCCACCAUCAGUGCCAUCACUGCUCGGCAAUCCACAAGUCAUCAUACAAACACCCACCGGUUCCCCCGAUGAAGUACCAGAAAAAAUUUCAGCCGAGGAGUUGGAAAUGGCUAAAGACAACUUCCUCAACGGAAUUAAUAAACUACAGCCGCCGUUGAAAAGAGAAAAAGUCGUUCUACCAGUGAAGGAUCGCAAGAAUGUGUUAAUAACCUCAGCCCUGCCAUAUGUUAAUAAUGUACCACAUCUCGGAAACAUUAUUGGCUGUGUGCUCUCAGCGGAUAUAUUUGCCAGGUAUUGUCGUCUGUGCGGCUUCAACACUCUGUUUGUGUGUGGCACAGACGAGUAUGGAACGGCCACGGAGACUAAGGCUUUGGAGGAAGGCGUCACUCCUCGUGAGAUAUGUGAUAAGUACUUCACUAUCCACGACGCCGUGUACCGCUGGUUCAAUAUAGACUUUGAUUACUUUGGAAGAACCAGCACUGAACAACAGACAAGGAUAGCCCAGGACUUAUUCAAGAAGUUAAACGCCAAUGGGUUUGUGAGCAAGCAGACGGUUGAACAGCUGUAUUGUGAGAAGUGUGAGAGAUUCCUCGCUGACAGGUUCGUGGAGGGUACCUGUCCCCACCCCGGUUGUCUAUACGACAGCGCGCGCGGUGAUCAAUGCGAUAAAUGUGGGAAACUCAUUAACGCUGUAGAAUUACGUGAGGCGAGGUGUAAAGUAUGCUCAACCACGCCUACAAUAAGAAAUAGUGAUCAGCUGUUCAUAGAACUACCACAGUUAGAGCCCUCUCUUCGUUCGUGGGCUUCUCGAGCGGAGGUCGGCUGGUCUGGUCCGGCUAAAGCCGUACUUCGAGCGUGGAUGAGAGAUAAGUUGAGAUGUAGAGCGGUCACUAGGGACUUGAAGUGGGGGGUGCCGGUACCUAUAACCGGAUUUGAGAAUAAAGUAUUCUACGUGUGGUUCGACGCUCCUAUCGGUUAUCUCAGUAUAACGGAGUGUGCGACCGGGAACUAUGAGAAGUGGUGGAAAAGGUCGCCGGACUACGACGUGAAGCUUUACCAAUUCAUGGCCAAAGACAACGUUCCGUUCCACGUGAUCAUGUUCCCCGCUACAGUGAUAGGUGUUAACGAAGGUCAUCUACUAGUGGACCAUAUAUACGCCACAGAAUAUCUCAACUAUGAGGACACUAAGUUUUCCAAGUCACGCGGAGUUGGUGUAUUCGGCACGGACGCUCAGGACACAGGCAUACCGUCUGACGUGUGGCGUUUCUACCUGGCUAUGAUCAGACCUGAAACUUCUGACUCGAGUUUUAGUUGGACGGACCUCGCUACCAGGAACAAUUCUGAGUUACUCAACAACCUGGGUAACUUCUGUCACCGCAGCCUCAGCUUCUGUCACAGUUCGUUCACAGCGUCUGUUCCUGACGUACAUCUCACACACGCGGACCUCGAGGUUAUAGCUGGGGUCAAUAGAGAUGUUGAAGCGUAUGUUCAACACCUGGAGCGAGGUCGUCUGAGGGACGCGCUCCGUCACGUGCUGCGAGUGUCGCGCGCGGGAAACCUGUACAUGCAGGACACACAGCCGUGGGCGCUGCUGAAGGGAGACGAAAAGGACAGGGUGAAGGCUGCAACAACGAUAGCUGUCUGUUGUGAGCUGGUAGCUCUGCUGGCAGCCCUGCUAGCUCCAUACAUGCCCGACACGAGCAAACGCCUCUGUACACAACUGAACAUAGAUCAGAGCCAACUAAGGAUCAAUCCGACAUCGCCCUGUAUGGUGAGGUUCUUGGGUCCGGGUCAUAAGAUCAAUAAGCCCGAGCCUCUGUUCACUAAGAUAGAACAACAGACUGUCGAUGAACUGAGGAAGAAAUACGCGGGGACACAGAGUGACAGGGAGAAGUCUAACGGCGACAGCAAGAAAAUGAGUGUCGCUGAAUUAGAGGCAGCUAUAACUGCUCAGGGAGAAAAAGUUAGAAAAUUGAAAUCGUCUACAAAGGAUAAGGCUGUGUGGCAACCGGAAGUGGAUGUACUGCUGGCUCUGAAGAAACAGCUGACACUAACACAGACAGAGACAAAGACACAGACAAACACACACACUGACAGUGCAGCGGAUCUGGAAAAAGCCAUCGCUGAACAAGGCGAUAAAGUAAGAAAACUCAAAGCAUCGACUAAGGAUAAGAGUGUCUGGCAACCGGAGGUCAAUAAACUGUUGGAACUGAAGAAACAACUAGCGGAACAAACAAACAGACAGACGAAGAAUGACACGACUAGCGUGGAGACACUGGAGAAGGCUAUUGCUGAACAGGGUGAUAAAGUCAGAAAGCUAAAAGCAUCAACAAAGGACAAAUCAGUUUGGCAACCAGAGGUCAAUGUACUCUUAGACCUGAAAAAACAGCUGACAGCAUUACAAGCUAAUAAAUAA